CUGGUGCGCGCGCUCUGGACGCUGGAGUACACCCCGCAGCACAGCCGCGACUUCAAGAGUAUUGUGUCAAAGAAUGCGCUGCAAUACCGGGGAAAUUCCCAGCAUGAUGCUCAGGAGUUUCUUUUGUGGCUUUUGGACCGAGUUCACGAGGACCUCAAUCAUGCUGUGAAGCAGAACGGCCAACCUCCUGUGAAGCCACCAUCAGAGACUGAUAUGAUGCCUGAGGGACCAUCUUUUCCUGUCUGUAGCACUUUUGUACAAGAACUUUUUCAAGCCCAGUACAGAUCUUCUUUGACAUGUCCUCAUUGUCAGAAGCAGAGCAACACUUUUGACCCUUUCCUCUGCAUUUCUUUGCCAAUUCCUCUACCCCACACAAGGCCUCUCUAUGUCACUGUAGUGUAUCAAGGAAAGUGUUCUCACUGCAUGAGGAUUGGCGUGGCUGUGCCUCUGUCUGGGACUGUCGCCAGACUUCGGGAAGCAGUGUCUGUGGAAACAAAGAUCCCCACUGAUCAGAUUGUAUUAACAGAAAUGUACUAUGAUGGGUUCCACCGUUCCUUUUGUGACACAGACGACCUGGAAACAGUCCACGAAAGCGACUGCAUUUUUGCCUUUGAGACUCCAGAAAUAUUCAGGCCUGAAGGAAUUCUCAGUCAGAGAGGAAUACAUUUGAACAAUAAUCUGAACCACUUAACAUUUGGCCUGGACCAUCCUAGACUGCCUUCUGCACACACAGCAGCAAAGCAGGGGAAAGUGGAGCUGCCUGCGACGAGAGCAGGGAGCGACAAGAUUGUCCUGCUCGUGUGCAACCGUGCCUGCACGGGGCAACAGGGAAAGAGGUUUGGACUGCCCUUUGUGCUGCACUUGGAGAAGACAAUAGCCUGGGACCUGCUGCAGAAGGAAAUCUUGGAGAAGAUGAAAUACUUCCUGAGGCCCACAGUUUGCAUUCAGGUGUGUCCGUUCAGUCUGCGUGUGGUCAGUGUGGUGGGAAUUACAUACUUGCUGCCCCAGGAAGAGCAGCCGCUGUGCCACCCAACAGUAGAAAGGGCAUUAAAAUCUUGUGGACCAGGUGGCACUGCUCACGUGAAAUUAGUGGUAGAAUGGGACAAGGAGACAAAAGAUUUCUUGUUUGUAAACACUGAAGAUGAAUACAUCCCUGAUGCAGAGAGUGUCCGUCUGCAGAGGGAGCGUCAUCAUCAGCCUCAGACUUGCACUUUAUCGCAGUGUUUCCAACUGUACACCAAAGAGGAGCGGCUGGCCCCCGACGAUGCCUGGCGCUGCCCGCACUGCAAGCAGCUGCAGCAGGGGAGCAUCACGCUGAGCCUCUGGACCCUGCCUGAUGUGCUCAUCGUACACCUGAAGAGGUUUCGACAGGAAGGAGACAGGCGUAUGAAACUUCAGAACAUGGUCAAGUUCCCCUUGACUGGCCUGGACAUGACGCCUCAUGUGGUUAAGAGAAGCCAGAGCAGCUGGAGUUUGCCAUCCCAUUGGUCUCCAUGGCGACGACCUUAUGGACUCGGGAGGGACCCUGAGGACUACAUCUAUGACCUGUAUGCUGUGUGCAAUCAUCAUGGCACCAUGCAAGGGGGGCACUACACAGCGUUCUGUAAGAACUCCGUGGACGGCCUCUGGUACCGCUUUGACGACAGCGACGUGCAGCAGCUGCCGGAGGGCGAGGUCUGCACACGCGCGGCCUACAUCCUGUUCUACCAGAGGCGGGCGGCGAUACCCUCCGGGUCGGCCAACAGCUCUGUGGCAGGCUCCACGAGUUCCUCCCUGUGUGAGCACUGGGUGAGCCGGCUCCCAGGGAGCAAGCCAGCCAGCGCAACCUCGGCAGCUUCCUCCCGACGCACCUCCCUGGCCUCGCUGUCUGAGUCCGUGGAGAUGACCGGGGAAAGGAGUGAGGAUGAUGGAGGUUUCUCGACUCGACCGUUCGUGAGAAGUGUCCAGCGUCAGAGCUUGUCAUCCAGGUCUUCUGUCACCAGCCCCUUGGCUGUCAAUGAAAAUUGCAUCAGACCUUCUUGGUCCCUGUCUGCUAAGCUGCAGAUGCGCUCCAACUCUCCUUCCCGGUUCUCAGGGGACUCUCCUAUUCACACCUCCGCCUCCACCUUGGAGAAAAUCGGCGAGGCAGUGGAUGACAAGGUCUCCAUCUCUUGCUUUGGUAGCUUGAGGAACCUUUCUAGCAGUUACCAGGAACCAGGCGAUGCUCCCAGUCGACGGGAGCCCAGGGCCAUGGGCCGGGCCCCUCUGGCUGUCAUGGAAGGUGUGUUCAGAGACGAGUCAGAUGCCCACAGAUUGAACUCCAGUGUGGUGGACACACAGAGCAGACUCUCAGCACAAGGGGCUUGCUUGCCCCCCGUCUCUGAUCCAUUUGACAACAAUAACCAGAUAGCUUAUGUGGAUCAGAGCGAUUCUGUUGACAGCUCUCCCGUCAAAGAGGUGAAACCCCCAAGCCACUCAGGCUCUCUCACAAAGAAACCAGAGAGCACAGCCAAGAACUCCCCCAGCUCCAAGGGCGCAUCUGAGCCAGAUAGAAGCUUGCGGAAGGGGAGGUCUGUCUUGGCAAGCCAAGGGUCAUCUCAGUCCAGCACAUCCCCUUCGUCUCCUGUUCCUGCCAAAGUUUCUGCAAAGCCCUCCCGCUCACGGAGCAGAGCAGAUCCCUCCAGGGCCCCUGCCCUUCCCAGAAAGGAAUCCUCCCUCAGAACCCAGGACUCAGUGGCCUCUCCUUCGUCCCAGAAGCUGAAGUCAGCUUCUUCCCUUACCCACACUGCUUCCUCCAUACCUGCCAAAAAAGCCUCGGGCCCUGCUGUGAGAGGCCCCUGCCCACCUGGGAAGGGCAGGACUUCAGAUAGGAGCUUAAGUAGAGAGGGCUCCAGACAGAGCCUGGUUUCUGACCGAGCCAGUGUCACUUCCAGCUCCAAACCCAACUCCCCUCGGGUGAGCCAGUCCAGGGCGGGGGAGGGCCGGGGGGAUGGAAAGCAUGUCAGGAGUUCCUCCAUGGCCAGCCUGCGCUCCCCCAACAUGGGCGUGAAGACCAGUCUUAAGAGGGAUAGCAAGUCAGACGAAAAGGGGCUGUCUUUCUUUAAGUCUGCCUUGCGACAGAAGGAAACCCGGCGGUCCACUGACCUUGGCAAGACCACCUUGCUCUCUAAGAAGGCAGGUGGGAGCUCUGUCAGGUCAGUCUGUAAGAGUGCCGGUGAUGAUAAGGCAGAGAAAGGGCACCAGCCUCAAGGGUCCCAGCAGCCAAAUGCCAAUUCAGCUGGAAAAGAACAGCUUGUCUCCAAGGACCCUGCUUCUGCUAGACAUUCCCUGCUAUCCAGUCGCAAAUCCAAGUCUUCCCAGCUAGACUCUGGAGCGCCCUUGUCUCCUGGUGGCAGGCAGUCUGCUGAGAAAUCCUCCCAAAAGUUACCUUCGAGCAUGCCAGCCUCUGCACGGCCUUCUCAGAAACCUCAGUGAUUGCUGCACUCCCAGUGUUUACCUGGAAAGCUGUUUAUUUAUUUAGAACCCUUCCCUCCCACCAAAGCCCUCGAUGCUUUUGUUUUGUAUUUUUUGGGUCAUGUGCCUGACGUGCGUGCUUGUGUGCGUGUGUGCGUGUGUGUGUGCGUGUGUGCGUGUGCAGAAUUCAAUUGCAAAUUGUUAAAAGCGUCGCCUUAUUCUGCCAUUGAACCAAAUAACAGCCAUAGGCAAAGCAUUGAUACCGAGCUAACUGGAAAAAUUACAGAUGAUACCCCGACAGUCCCUUCAGCAUAUUUCUUUCUAGAGAACUCUAAUGGCUUGUUGGACACCAGGGUUUGGAACCUGGGAACCAGUUAAGCUCUCGUUACUGUGCUCUGUAGAAGGAUGACUCAUUAGACUUGGGUUUCAGCUGAGCAGGACUUGUCCUCACUGGCAAUUGUCACGUGGCACCAGGAGUUCUAAAAACUGUGACACUAACAAUGAAACAAACCGAGAGAAAACGGUUGCUUUCUGCACUUUGGCCCCAUCUACCAGUCUUUGUAAAGGGCAAUAUUUUAACACUAAUGUUUCUCAGGUAUAUAUACUCAGCUAGUCUCGGAAGGAUGUGUACCAGUGGAAGGAUUAAGAGGAGGGUGGCCUGCCAGUGACACACUCCUCUUACUGCCACAUGUGGACGUGUUUCGAGGAGAAGUGAUCUUUCACUACUUUCAUUUCCGCAAAGGUGUGUGUACCAUAAGCUGUCUUGACUCUUGGGAUAUGUCCCAGGAGAUGGCAAAUUGGAGAUCCAGAAAGCCAGUCACUAGCAGUAAAAUUUCCCCCCUCUAAAUUUGCUAGUGAAGGCUAUUGGGAUUUUGAAAUGUAGAGCAGUUAACACCUUUGAAAGAUUCCUGGGGGAAAAAGAUUCUCAACCGUAUGCACGAGUCUCUACCAUUUUCCUCCUCUGGUUUGCUUUUUUCUGUGUUAGGACGUUGAAAGCUCCAUGCCCACAUUUCCACAGAGUCUUGUAAGUUAUAGAGGAGAGAAGUUGCUGAGGUGGGGAGUUGGGAGUCGGUGAUGAGUGAAACGAUGUGUAACAGAGGAUCUUACACACGUGAUGGGUGAAGCGAUGUGUAACAGAAGAUCUUACACACGUGAUGGGUGAAGCGAUGUGUAACAGAGGAUCUUACACACGUGAUGGGUGCAGCGAUGUGUAACAGUAUCUCACACACACACACACACACACACGUGAUGGGUGCAGCGAUGUGUAACAGUAUCACAUACACACUUAUCCCUCCUCCCGGCUCAGUGUGACUGCUGCUCAGUAAUUCAUUCAUUCCUUCUUCGUGCUUAAGAUUUCAUGUCUUAUGCAGAACUCAGCAGGACUGGAGCAUGUGCACGCUGACUGUGCAAAUUGCACUUGGUUAGAAAACGAGAACCACACAGAUGAGGAAGGUACAUGGUUUUCCAGGCUCCCUGGAGGUAUCCUGGCAAUUUUAGUUAUUUUCCUCCUUUUUCUAAAUGUGAGGAGAGUCAUGAUUCUGAUUCUGUUUGAAUAGCAUUUGUCACCUUGCCACGAAAUACAGCAUGCUAUGUUUAUAUGCUCUUAAAUACUAACUUUAAAAAAAACCACGCACUCAAGUUUGCCCUGAACUCCUGGUGCACAGAACCAUUUAUAAACCCCUCCAGCGUCGCUGUGUGUGAGGUAACUGAACACUCACAGCUGUGAAUUCUGCACUGCCUUUUGUUGUUGUUUUUCCAUGAAUAGCUCUUGGGAAACGUUUCCAGUAGGUUACUUAACUUUAUUUUGCUGCUAAUCUGAGCAUUAGCAGGUAACUCACAAGCCUGGAGGCUGUUUUUAUUGAGGGUAGCUGCAAUUUUCGACCCUUGCGAUAUUUAAGACUCACUCUGCUUUGUGAAAGUUACCGUAGUGCUCCAUGAAAUUUACUGAACACGGUGGUUGGCCCACUGCACUCAGUCCUGCCCAGGUGUCUGUGGCCCCCAGAGCAGCACUGCUGUCCUCGGCGGCAGCAUGACUCCGGUGCCCAGCUGCCUGUGAUGUCACCAUGGCUUCCGGCGGCACGGCAACAGCCUGGUCCCUUUGGCCACUGCUGGUUUUCUGUGUCACAGAUACGGGAUCGUCGGUGUCAGGAAUUCAGUGUUUGAUUGGGACCUCUCAUCUUUCUUUCGCAGGUAAACCACAUUUGAAAUCUAUCUGCAGCUCUGCAAAAUCCUAGAAUGAUAGUUUGGCUACGUAAAAGGUUUUAUUAACACCUUUGGGGAGGCUAUAAUCAGUUAAGCAUUAAUAGAAAAUAGUUUAAUUCUCACAGUGGUAAAUAUUUUUAUUCCUGAGUGCUUCAGGAAUGGAUUUUCCAUUGGCUUAGUGUCUUUAAAAAACCACUACAAACUCCUUUAAUUUUCCAUGAGAUCUAGAAAUAAAAUUUCAGUAUCUAUAAAAUUGUAUGUCUGUGGAAUUUAGUCCUUGUAUCAGAUUUAAGUAGGAAAAAUCAGGAAGUAUUACGGCGUUGUCUAGGCCUCUUUGAGCUAUUACGUUUCUGUGCUUGCGCAAUGGGAAUUUUUACUGCUAACUACCAGGUACAAACUUGAAGCCUCCAAGAAGGAUAUUUUGCCCAGAAGUUUGGAGGUGCUCUUUGAGGUGUAAAAUAUGGGGAAUUGUUACUUGGUUCAGUUCAGUUCUUUGAUAGGUUAGGGACUUGGUGUUUGUUUUUUUAUUUUCUCAGUGAUGUUUGGUGCAAUGAACAUAGUGUGUUGGGGCUGGAAGCCACCUGUUAAGGGUGUUAGGCCUGGGUUCCUGGUUGACAGCCACCCGGGUGGGCCUGAUACGAGCACUCAUUUUCUGGUAGGCAGAGGAAUCACCAACCAUAGAGUUGCAUCUGUAAUGCUUUUCCACUUUUAAAAAGUUUGUUCCUUGAUUUCUUUUCCCGUAAACAUCCGGGCACUGAGGCUCCAUCAUUCCUUAAGAGGGCCCCGUGCCUUGCCUCUGUGAUGCCUUGUAGGAUGCGGAAGCCCGUGGGAGCAGUUAGGCCCAUGCAUGUCAAGACCAUUUCCCACCCUUUGUACCUUCUCUCCCUGACAGCAGCCGGAGAGUAAGUGAGGCUCCGCUAGAGCAGCGUGUGGAUGUGGGAGUCUUUGUGGUGGUGUAAAGAAUUGUCACUGCUGGGAGGCUGCCCUCAGCUCUUGUAAUCAUUCUUUCCUCACUCAUUCAUCCAUUCAUUCUGCAAACACUCGUUGAGGGCCUGCUCUGCGGGGGAAGGAAGCGGCAGGCUCAGGAGUUUGCUGUGGCCGAGGAGCUGAUGGACGGAUGGCGGUGCCGAUGGCGUCCUAAGUGGAGUGAUAGUCCUCGUGAACAAGAGUGGACGGGUUGUGUGGAUUGGCCAAGGCUGCUGGUCUCUUGAGCAAGUGUGUCCUGGAAACCAAAGUGCCCUUCACCUCCGGAGAUGUUUUCCUGCACAGCCACAUCAGACGGAGCAGUUUCUGCUCCUUGGGGGUUGAAGAUACGCUCAUCCGUGUUAGUAUGAGAUGGAUGUGGGGGUUGGGGCGGGGGGUGGUGAGAGGAAAAUGUCAUCCCUCUGAAAUAACUGUCAUGAAAAUCAGGAGCAACAUGUAAAGGACAGUAGUGGCAGCCUCUAGGGAAAUGGAACAGAGAAGAGCUGUGAACAAAGCUCAUUUAUUUCAAAUAAACAUGUUUUUCAAGUACAGUGACAUCCGAUGUUACAUUUCAUUCUGACAAAAUUACUGAGUAGCUGAAGUUACUGUUUCCUGUGGAAGUUACUAUAAUCAUUGGAUGCAAAGAUAAUUAGUGUUUCUGGGUUGGAAUUUUGAGAUAGUAUGCAAAUAAUAAGCACAGUUUCAAUAAAACCUAUUCUGUGAAGUGGGUUGAACUUUGUAUUAUUUGGAAUUGAAAAGAGCAAAACGUGCUGACUCGCCAGGGCCUGUGUCCUAAUGGUAAACACAGAAGUUGGCUGUUACUGUGCAGGCUGUCCGUCUGACCUCAUAAGGCUGCGUUACUGCCAAGCCUGAUGGGGUGUUUGGGGGUGAGCCCUGUGCCCGAUUUUAGUGAGCAGUGUCCCGCGCUGCCCCUUGGUCGGCUCCGGGAGUGUGUGUGGCAGCUGUGUUUUGAGCACAACCAGUCCCUUCCCCGAGAAGUGAGAACAGCUGUGCGAGGCCUCCCUCCGAUCUGAUCCAGAGCGCUUCCCUCACUGCCGGUGCAGAGCAGCUAGCAAACAGUGUGCACUGCGUUAAAUGUAAGUUUUUUAAAAGGCAACUCUUAGACUAUGGAGCUCUAUUUUCGAAUUUGUGGUGUAUUAAAUGUGGUUAAUCAGUGUGGGAGAGCCUGAGUUGGUUUCUUGCUCUGCUUGCACGUUUCUCGUGGCCAACUUUUGGUCAUUGGCGAGACUGUAAAGUAAGUGCAGGCAAGAGGGGCUGGGAGGUGAACAUGCUGGUUUAUAGACUGUUUAGCCUGAGACUUUCCUGAAGUAUAGGAAUGUUCCAAAAAUAACCUGCCAUUUUCUAUAGAUUUUAAUUUUUUAUAUCUUCUAGGUUCUACUGUGGUCACGAGAGAAUGUGGCUUCUAAUUGUACUAACAAUUUUAAAAUGCUUUUUUAGAGACUUAGAGCUACUAUUUUGGAAAACUGAGCUCCCCAACCACAGGUCACAUGAAGACUUAAGCUCAUGGGAUUUAUGGUAGCGUCGUCGGGAGGUUAGGUUCUAGAUCCAUCUCACAUUCGUUUUAGUCUCGUGUUUCCCAAUUUGGGGGAAAAGUGAGAUCCAUAAUGGACUUGGAAGGCUUCUUCAAAUCUCACAUGACUGUCCCUGAUUCUCUGUGAGGCCUCUUCUGAGUGACUGAUCUGUUUGACACCCAGCAUUCAUGAGAAUCGUCUAGGGAACUUUUAACACCCAGGUUCCUCUCCUUGCAUGCUUUGUGUAUAGUGUAGCGGCGGGUCCCAGGAGUGACUGCAGAUGCUAAACUUCAGGGGUUUCUGAAGUUCAGUCAGGGCAAGAAGCACUCGGGUGUGAGACUGCUCCCUGUGCUGGGCAGGAAAGAAAAACUGAAACCGAUACCAACCUCCUGCUUGAAGUCUGGGGGCUUUUCUGAUUCAAGGCCCAAUUUGAGAACUUGGAGCAUUUGGUGGGUGUCCAAGCACUUGCCAGUCUGGUGGGAAUGGGUAGGCAGUGUCCCCAUGGGUCACAGCAGGGCCAGGCCUAGGGGUGGGGUGGGGAUAGGGAAGUCACUGAGCUAGAAAAUGUUGAAGUGAAGCCUUCAGUGGCCUAGGAAAACCUGUCCCCACUUUUGAUAGAAUGGUGGUUUCUUUGUAGUAAUUAUAAUAGCAAACCCUAGGCUGCCCCCGAAUUCCCCGUUUAGCUCACUCUCCAGAAUGUAGUUUCCGGAAGCAUUUUUAAGUUUAAAAACGAAUGUGAAGCAUUUUUAUUUGGAGGGUUUUUUUUGGUAACCUUUGGUAUUUUUUCAUGUAAUUAAAAAAAAUCAAAUAAUACUCAUCCAGAAGUUUGGCCAUAUUUGUUACCGAUGGAGGCGGGUGGAAAGCAGUUCUAAUCUGGUGAGCUGAGUGCGUCCCAGGGCUUCAGGGGGUUCAUCCCACGGAGCAUUAUGCCGCCUACGAGAAAGGAACGGUUCCUGAGAGGGAAAGCCACGCCGGCGGGGUGCUCCUUUAGAGAGGCCCUGGCAAGGGCGCUGUGCCGGGAGAUGUGAUGGAGGAUUUCCCGGGCGCUACUCUCCCGGGGGCGAGGUCAUGACCGGCGGGCUGAGGCUCUUUGCGGGCUCUCCCACCUGCACCGAUGUUCCCUCUGCCUCUCACCACUGGGUAAAACUGAGCCCAUGCCCAUCCAGUUUCUCGUGGAACGUGGCGGGUUUCUAUGGCUGCCCUAAGGCUGCACGUCACAGCGCUACAUGAAGUGGCUUUGGCAUCGGCCGCGCACCCCUGGGUGCCCUCUGACUUUCCUUAGCUGUACAGUCAUGUGGGAGGCAGGGUGUCUUCCCUGAGGCAGAGAAAAGUGUGUCAUUUAAAAUUAUUUUGGAGCAAGUGCAUGGGAUGUGCCACUGACUUCUGUUAUUUAUUUGUAUGUCUCAUUCAAGGUGUAUGCACUUUUAAUAAGCAGAAUUUAUAUUUUUAUGUUUAAAAAGUUUUAUUCCUGGAAUAGCAGUUGAUUAUGUCACAGUUGGAAUUAAGAGAAAAGUGGAAAGUGUAACAAAAGACAAUAAAUUUAUUACAUGAUGCCC